UCAUUACGAUUAGAUCGUUAUUUUUAUACGAAGAGUGAAUGAUUUGAUAUGAUUUGACAGUUAUUUGCGAUUGUCUUCGAAUUGUGUAAAGUUAUAUGUUCAUGGCUUAUGUCAAAAACUUACGAUGGGUCUUGAGUCACCUUUGAUCGUAAAACGGACAAAUUGUGGAUGUCCAAAAUUCCAAAUUAAUAAUUUAUAUUUUAUUAAAUAUCUAAAAUUAAUAUUUUUUUCCAUUCUAAAUCUCUCAAUUCAGUCUCCCCGUCCACAGUUAGCAUUUUUAGGGCGAAACUUGGCGAAGUGUUUAGUGCUUUGUUUGUAAACAAUGAACUCUCUUAGAAAGAGUAGUAAAUAAUAUAUUCUUUGCAAUGAACCUAUAAAGUCAAAACAAUGAAGUUAAUUGAGUGCUAUUAAUCGAUUUAUAUAGGAUGCUGAGACUUGGACUCUGAGAGAAAGAGAUUUGGAAUAUGCCCUAUAACUGCAGACUCCAAUAUUGCAAAUAGCACCUGCAAUACAGUGGAAUAACAUAUUGGUGUGCUGAAGAAAAGAUGGCAAAGGCUUUGCUGAAGAAAAGCUGAUAGGACAUUGUACUGAUGACCCUGUUAUCUGGUCAAAUCAUACAUGUGUGUAUUAUCAAAAUAUUUGCAUAGAUUGUGAAAUGCAAAUAUUUUGAUAAUACACACAUUAAUGAUUUGAAAAUAUUUGAUUUGGUCUUUGAUAUUUGAAAAUAAAAGAAUACUUACUUUGCGUAGUUUGUUUUGUUGUAGUAUUUUUCUAAACUAAAGCUUUCAGUUUAACAUUUUACUAUUAAUAAAUUAUUCAAGAAAGUGUAGUUGUAAAAAAUACAUUUUUGAAUUCAAUAUAUUUUGAAUAACUCUGUAUAAUACCUGUGUAUGUUUGCCCCCCUGCAGUUUCACCCACAUAAUUCCUGUUCCCGUGGAAUGGAAUACAUGGCGUAUAAUACUCAAAUGUGGAUUUUUAUUGGUAAAAUAAUCUUCAUAAUAAAAAUUUUAAUAAAAAAAAUACAACCGACUUCAAAACCUAAAAACGAAGCCACUAAACUAAAAAGUGAAAAAUAACAUCAUAAUAUGUUCUACCCGCUGAUCAGUAUAAAGGCGGUGCUAAGCCGGUGAUGUAUUAAUUCAAGCCAUGUGAGAAUAUCUUGUAGAUGUAGAUUUUGCAGACAGUGUUGUUUCAUGUGGUCCUGUCAGAAAUGGCUUAAAUUAAGACAACACCGGCUAAGCACUAUUAUAAAGCGGAAGAGUUUGUUUGUUUGUUUGUUUGUUUGAUUGAACGCGCUAAUCUCAGGAACUACUGAUCCGAUUUGAAAAAUACUUUCAGUGAUAGAUAGCCCAUUUAUCGAGGAAGGCUAUAGGCUAUAUUUUAUUUUCAAAAAAAUUAGGGAUCCUUCCUGAAACUCCAAUAAUGUAACCCAAGGUGUACAUGGCGUGUGUUCGCGCCUUCCCAAAAGUCUGCUAAGUCCCUCAAGCAUUGUCAUUGCUAUUCAAAAGGCCAAGGGGUUGCAAAUACAGCAGCGUCAUUCACUCGACCGUGAAAUGACCUCACUCUCAACCAACACGCGCACGAGACGGUUGUAGCUUGCCAAUUUGUCAUCGGACCUAACCUUACUUACAAUAAACCUUUUCAACCUUCUCCAAGUUUUUCUUUACCAGCGUGCGCUGCAAAAACUAUUGAUGUUAGAAUAAAAUAAUGUACAACAACUUUGUAGAACACAUUAUUUUCUACACAAAAUGUCGCGACAGCAUACAUCUAUCUAUCUAUCUAUACUAUAAUAUAAAAAUUUUAAUAAAAAAAAUUCAACCGACUUCCAAGUCAAAAAAUAACUAACUAAAAAGCAAAAAAUAACAUCUUACCUAUGUGCUACCUUCUGAUCAGUUUGAAGGCGGUGCCAUAAAUUUAGUAAAACUUUGCUCAAUUUCUAAAUUCUCUUUAAAACCUGAAAAAUAAAAAUAUUGUUUUGUUUUGUUAAAUUAAAAUUUCUAAUACACAGGUUAUUAAUAUGCUAUGUUUCACCACAGACUAAUAGGAUACCCCGUUAUUUUGACACUAGCCUACACAGACAACAGGGAGAUUACCAAAUAGUCCAAAUAGCCCUUGGUUAAAUUCGUUAAUUGCGUUUUGUUACUCGAGUUGCAUGUACCAUUUUCUCACGCUAUUUUCUUCAAUAGUAGAUAUUUUUCGUGAAAUUUAAUGCUUCUUUAAUGUUUUAAAUAAAAGACAUAAAACUUUGUUAAAAUAUAUGCAUUAUUAUGGAGUUUGACUUAAAUUUGAUAAUAUUAUUAACGAUAGUUUCACUAUCGUUUUGCAUAAACAAUACGCAAUCUUCAUGAAUGAUUUCAGUUCAUCGUUCACCAUCCGGUCUUCAUAUAAUGAACUAAAUUAGACAAUACCAAUGUAAAGUUACGAUUGAUCGUUGAUCGUAGCCGAUCGUAUGAACUUUACGAUCAAUAAACUCCGUUAGACAAUUAGGCCCCAGGGGGUAUGACACUUUAGUUCUUGCAUGUGCCGUUUUGUCGCUGCAAUCGAUCCCUGUUACCAAAGAGUAUGUACACGUUAUGGUUUUAUUUUGUAAGUGGGCGGCUAGUCUGUGAUAAACACUUAACAAAAUGUCGAUGUGUUUUUUGUUUGUGUCAAUAUCGAGUAACGAGUUCAUCUAUGCCACAGAUCACUAUAGACUAGAAACAGAUAGGAAAGUGCCUAAAGUGACGGCUAGUUCUACUGUUGCCGCACAGCGCUAGUGUCGCAAGCAGUGAUGGGAAUACCUCACCAUAUCGAUAUCGAUUGCGUUAGUGAUGUCCCAUGAAAACGUUGAAAUGGGGUUAGGUACGAUACCGCUCCAAUUUAAUUUAAUUUUAGAUACACAAGGGGUUUAAAAUAAAACUUCUUGAUUUUAUAUUUUUAAUUUUUAUAUUUAUUUUUCCUUAACCUAAAACUUUUAUAUUUACUGUAAGCUAUUUUUUGUGGUAAACUCAUUUGAGUUAUUAGUUUUUCCUGUACUCCUCCUUUUAAAAUUUUAUUAAUGAUGUUACACCAGUUGUGUAUAUGGAGGCGUAAAAUAUAAGCAUUGAAGCAUUCUAUAACUUCUCUUGUGUUAGGAUCAUAAGCAAACUAGCUUCAUAAUUUCAUUACGUUGUUAUUUUUUACGCUGGCAACUUUGUUUUAAAUGGUCCCUCAGUUGUCAUUCUGUGAUUAGCGAACGCCGUUGACGCAAAACAGUGUGAACCAAUCAGAUUUAUUUUAUUCAAGCUUGAAGGCUACAACUUGACCGGAGUUUUUAUUUUCAUGUUGGCAGCCUUAUUUUUUAAAUAAUCUCGUAAUUGUCAUUCUGUGAUUGGUUGACGCCGGUUGGCGCAAAAAGGCGGGGACCAAUUAUAUUUAUUUUCUCUAUGCUUGGCGGCUACAACUUGACAGGAUUGUUUUAAUUUUUAUGUUGGUAGCCUAAUUUUUAAAAUGGUGUCUCAGUUGCCAUUCUGUGAUUGGUUAACGCCGGUUGACGUAAGUUGGCGAUAACCAAUCAGACUUGUUUUCUCCCACCUUGUCAAAAACCUUGGCGGGAAGUGUGGUUGGUUUUGGCCAUUGUCUUUAACAAGCGAGAGACGAGAAAAGUAAUGUUGUAAAAGGAGUGUUGUGAACGAUUAUUUGUAGAAUAGAAUAGAAGUUAUUCAAAUAAAAAGUGUUAUCUUAUGUGAUUACAUAUUAUCUUUUAAAUGAACCUUUCUCCGCUACCAUUCUAUAAGAAACAGCCAUAUUUCAGAAGUGACACGACAGCGUUAACUAAUAACGCGUAAGUACACGCCCAAUUAUACAAAGUUUUAAGAUAUUAGUAACCGCUUUACUUAAAGUUUCACUAAUAUUCAGCUGCGUUAAUUGAGUGGACAAAAUAUGUUAGUAUGACUACAAACUCAAGUGAUCAUUUUCUCAACGUGGUAAUAUUGUUGUAACUGUGUAACGAAGUACGUAAAGAUGGGUGCCUAUACGGAUUACUUUAUUUUAUUAUUAAUAUUAAGUAUAUCAAUUAUUUAAUAUUUAAUAUUAAUAUUAAAUUAUUUAUUAUUAAUACUGAAUGAACUUUAAUAUCGUUUAUAAAAGUACUUUGUAGAAGUUCUAAGCAUCUACCCACAUUUUUUUUUUUUUUAUUCUAUUUUUUUUUUGUGUUGUGAAAAGAACACUGGAUUUUAUUUUAAGCAUACGAAUUUGUGAUAGGUUAUAAAUCAUGAACAACUGGAGUUUUUUUCUUAUUAUUUGUACAACAUUUAUAUAAAUCAAUCGUUGUUCUGCUAAGCAAUCCAGAUCACUACACUCUAAAUGCAGCGUGCUCCUUUAUUAAACUUUAUUUGUUUUCAUUUAUUUUGAGUUGACGGAACAUGGAUCGACAACUCGAGACGCCUGAUCCCGGGGAACACAGAAGCCGGAGCCGAAUGAGGGAACGCAGCCGUAGCCGGCUACGUACCCGCAGUCCUUCCCGGAUCCUGGGACGGGAACUGGAGCCAAGCCGUAAGCGGGUGAAAAUUCUGGAGAGACAGUUACUGCUGGAGCGGGAGCGACUUCUGCACGCCGGGAGCAACAAUCGGAGUUGUAGUCGCUACAACACGCAACACAGGACUUCGCAUCGGGUUACUCCGCAGCGACGUUCGAGUCGCAGACAUCGCAGUGGCAACGCGUCACCCGAUCACCGGCGGGCAGAGACUGGGGCCAGCGAUGUGCAUCCUGCUGAGCGUCGUGGCGCCGCGGGAUAUGAUAAAAGGUCACGUAGUCCUUCUAUUUCUAAGAACUGUAUUGCUGAUAUUUUGAAAAGUUUUAAGGAUAGUCUGACGUCUCAACCGCCUACACAUGACACAAGAUCCAAUUUUCAAAAGGUUGAUCAUAUGAAUAUUCUUCCUAAUUUCGACCCCUCUGCAAAAAACCAAAGGGUUGAUGUUUGGCUCAACAAGGUCAAUGAAUGUGCUGGUGUAUACGGUUGGGACGAUAAAACUAUCACUCACUUCGCCAUGCAGAAACUACAAGGCCUCGCCAAAACAUGGUACGAAGGACUAAAUUCAAUUUUGUUUACCUGGCCGCAAUGGCAAGAGAAACUUGUUAAUGCUUUUCCAUGCGAGCAAAAUUACGGCCAAGCCUUGGAGGAGAUGCUCAAAAGGAAGAGCAAGUAUCAUGAACCUAUAGAAGUUUAUUUCUAUGAAAAAUUAGCGUUACUUAAUCAAUGUGACAUAGUUGGUAAGCGUGCAGUAGAUUGUAUCAUUCACGGGAUCAGUGAUAGGACAUUAAAAUCCGGUGCUCUGGCAUUACGUUCUUCGAAUCCUGAUCACUUAUUGCAAUUCUUGAUAAGCAGUAAGGACUCUUACCAAUCUUACGAUCGAAACCACGUUAGAAAUAAAACCGAUAACUCUAGUACUCGUAACCAGUCCAAUCAAAAGUCGACUACCAGGACCGGAUCUUUUCAAGGCUGUUACAACUGUAAAGAGAAGGGACAUAGUUUCUUGUUUUGUCCUAAGCCGCUAGUUAAAUGCAUACAAUGCCACAAAGUAGGUCAUAGUGCAGAUAUGUGUUUAUCCAAAAAGGAUAAUAGGGUUAUGAAUAAUGACAGUAUACCAAAAACUAUGUGCGUUAGCACAAAUAGCAACGAAAAUAAUUCUCGCUCUCUUCCAAAUUCCAAAUUUAAUAAGGACGUGCAAAUAAACGGUGCGAUACGACAAGCGUUUGUAGAUUUUGGGAGUGAGGUUACGUUAGUUAAAGAAUCCUUUAUUAAAGAGUUAGGCGUAGCACAUGAUAAUAUACCAUCGUUAUUAAAGGGAUUCGGGAAUGGUUUAGUUAAGUCACUAGGAGGAUUGUUGCUUAGUAUUAGUAUUGAUGGAGUGAGCGCUCAUGUGCUAUGUAGAGUUGUAUGUGAUAAUUUGCUAGAAAAGGCUAUCCUCAUAGGUCAGUCAUAUACCGAACAGCCUCAUAUCAUAGUUUAUAAAGAUGCCACUAAACUCCAGUUCAUGGAUAUCGGCAAAGAAAUGCCACUUUCUGAUCCGGGUAUUCAAGAGUCUUUGAUUGGUGUUAGAAUGGUAGGAUCAGUGGAGCUCCAUGGUGCAGCAUCGGUAAGGGCCCGAGUUGAACCUUCCUCUGAGGGCCACAUCCUCGUAAGAAAUAGAGUUGCGGGCAAGCCAACCAAACAGUAUUUUAUUUGUGGAGGUCUCUACCGCUCCCAAAGUGGUUAUGUCGGAAUAACGGUAUUCCCUUGUUCGAGUUCUUGUUGGAUUGCAAAUUGUUCACUUUUGUGUAGGGCAAAACGGGUAGAUGUUGUAAGUAGAGUAAUUAUCGAACCGCCUGAGAUACCUGUGACAAUUGAGGGUAACUUCGACGAAAAACAGAUUCGUGUCAGUGAUAAAGUACCAGAAGAUGCAAAGCAGAGGUUGUUAGAUUUGCUCAAGCGUUAUAAACAUUGUUUUGCAUCUUCACUAAAAGAUCUAGGUUGUACGAACAAGGCCACGAUGAAUAUAGAGUUGACCAGCCAACGCCCUGUCGUGUAUCGUCCUUACAGGCUGUCACAUCUUGAGCGCGAAAAGGUUCGUGCGAUGGUAAAGGAGAUGCUAGAUGCAGGGAUAGUUAGGGAGUCUUCUUCUGAGUACGCUAGUCCGAUUAUACUAGUGCGUAAAAAGGAUGGCUCACUAAGAAUGUGCGUCGAUUAUCGGAUGCUAAAUUCAAUCACAGUUAAGGAGCGCUAUCCCAUGCCCAUUAUGGAGGAUGAGAUAGCUCGGCUCACAGGCCAAGCUUGUUUCAUUUCACUCGACUUGACAUCCGGUUACUAUCAAGUCCCUAUUUCGGAGCAUAGCAAACACCUCACGUCGUUUGUUACGCCGGACGGUCAAUACGAGUUUAAUCGUAUGCCCUUUGGCCUGGCAAACGCCCCGGCUGUUUUUCAGCGUAUGAUGAACUCAAUCUUAGGUUCUGCUCGGUUCGGUAAGGCAACCGCGUAUCUUGAUGAUGUUCUAAUAUAUGGGCGGGACCCCAUUGAAUGCUUAGAUCGUCUCGAAGAAGUGUUACAGUUAAUAGAGAGCGCCAACCUUACUUUAAAUAUCGAUAAGUGCGACUUCCUACGGGAUACAAUUGAUUAUCUUGGUUAUGAGAUCAGUGCAGCUGGAGUCAGGCCGGGUGAGAAAAAGAUCCUCAGCGUCAAAAACUUCCCAAGACCAAAAAAUGUGCAUAAUGUACGUCAAUUCCUUGGCUUGGCAAGUUACUUUCGCAAAUUCGUCAAAGACUUUGCCUGUAUUGCAUUUCCACUCAGCAAAUUACUUAAAAAAGACGCCGUGUGGACAUGGAAUAACGAUCAGGAGGAAGCGUUUGAAAACCUCAAGGUUAGAUUAGUUAAUAGGCCCAUUCUUGCAAUAUAUGAUCCGGCGGCAGAAACAGAGCUACAUACCGACGCCAGCAGAUUGGGUAUUGGAGGAAUAUUGUUGCAGCGCCACAGCGGAAAUGACACUUUUUGCCCAGUGGCAUAUUACAGCAGGCAAACGUCCCCGGAAGAAAAGAAUUUCCACUCUUAUGAACUAGAAACAUUAGCGGUCGUUUGUUCUCUGCGGAAGUUUAGGGUCUAUUUGUUAGGGAAUUCAUUUAAAAUUGUCACAGAUUGCAGUGCUCUCCGCUCCACAUUUUCAAAACGAGACUUGAUCCCGAGAAUAGCACGGUGGUGGCUCUUGUUGCAGGAAUUUCAAUGUUUAGUUGAAUACAGACCUGGUGUGAAAAUGGGUCACGUAGACGCCCUGUCCCGUAAUCCUGUUGUAAGCUCAGAUGAAUAUCUCACCGAAAACGCUUCCGCCGUUAGGGUUAUAAUUGAUAAUGAUGACUGGUUGCAUACACUUCAGCUGGGUGACACAGAGCUUUGUAGGAUAAAACAAAUUUUAAAUAGUAACCUUGAUGAAAAGGGACUUCAAUACAUAAAAGAUAACUAUUUAAUAAAAGACAAUAAACUGUUUCGUUACUUAGAGUCGGAUAAAGAUAAUCUCCGUUGGGUAGUGCCGAAGGGUGCGAGGUGGCAAAUAUGUCGCAUGAACCAUGACGAUAUUGGUCACUUUGGGGUGGAAAAGACACUUGAAAGGAUAAAGAAAAAUUAUUGGUUUGGGAAAAUGACAAAAUUCGUUAAAAAAAUAUGUAAAUUCGUGCAUCGAAUGUGCAUAUGCCAAAACUCGUUCAAACUCGAGAGAAAGUCUGCUCCAUCCUAUCGCUAAGGUAGAAGUGCCGUUUCAUACCAUACAUGUUGACCACCUUGGACCUUUUGUCAAAUCAAAACGAGGCUAUACACAUUUGCUAGUGAUUGUAGAUGGAUUCACCAAAUUUUGUUUUAUUAAGCCUGUUAGGAAUACCAGUAGUUUAAACGCGAUAAGAGUUCUACAUGAUAUAUUUUUUAUGUUUAGAGUUCCUGACCGUAUAAUAACUGAUCGCGGUAGCUGUUUUACUUCUCACACCUUUACUCGAUUCUGCUUGGAUAAAGGCACUAAGCAUAUUCUUAACGCAGUAUCAAGUCCUAGGUCAAACGGCCAAGUAGAAAGGUACAACCGUACCAUUCUUGACUCCUUAAAAGCAAUGACGGUAAAAUACGGUGAGAAAGAUUGGGAUAGUCAUUUAGGGAAAAUUCAGUGGGGACUGAAUAACACUAUUCAGAAAACAAUCGGUAGGACGCCGUCAGAGGUACUGUUUGGAACAGCCAUAAACAGCGAAUUG